AUGGGUAGGCGAAAGAAAAAUCGCUAUGCUUCAUGCGGGGAAAAGAUUGUCAACCCACCAAUUUUCAUGGCCGAGGAUGUCGAGGAAUUGUUACUAACUUAUCAGAGCUUUGGUGUAGUUUACGGGGACUUGGGUACUUCACCUCUUUAUGUUUACUCAAGCACAUUUUCUGGGAAGUUACAGAAACAUAUUAGCCAAGAUGCAAUCUUUGGUGCUUUUUCAUUGAUCUUUUGGACUCUUAUUCGUAUCCCUUUGCUUAAGUAUGUCAUUGUCUUACUCAGUGCUGAUGAUAAUGGUGAAGGUGGGACCUUUGCUCUUUACUCACUGCUUUGCCGCCAUGCUAAGUUUAGUUUGUUUCAUUUUGAUUCAUUUCAAUUCAAUUCAUUUUCGGUUUCGGGGCUUGAAAUUACUUGUUGCAUCUUGGUCGGUCUGUUUGCUCUGCAGCACUGUGGCACACAUAGAGUUGCCUUUUUAUUUGCACCUAUCGUAUUGAUCUUGUUAUUUUCCAUUUUUUCUAUUGGUCUCUACAACACAAUACAUUGGAACCCAAAAGUUGUUUAUGCUUUUUCACCCCAUUAUAUUGUCAAGUUCUUUAAGGAGACUGGUCAAGAUGGUUGGAUUUCUCUUGGUGGGAUUCUUCUUUCUAUAACUAGAACCGAAGCUAUGUUUACAGACCUUGGUCAUUUUACUGCUUUGUCAAUAAGGCUUGCGUUUGCUUUUGUUGUAUACCCAUGUUUGGUUGUACAAUACAUGGGUCAAGCUGCAUACUUGUCCAAAAACCCCGAUAAGAUUCAUUACAGCUUUUAUAAUUCAAUCCCUGAAUCUGUAUUUUGGCCAGAAUCUAAUUUGAUAUCUGUACUGUAUUGA